AUGUGUAUGCCAAAUUAUUGUUUAUAUAAAAGUAAUGAUGUCAUAUCUUGUGUAUCUUGUAGUGGUACUCGUAUUUGUAACGAUGGGCAAUACAUCACAACGACUUCUGAAGUUUCUUGCCAAACACCAACUUGUACUACUUGUGUAAGUAGUCAAUGUUCACAAUGUGAAGAUGGGUUUUAUAACUACCAAAAUUCGGUGAAUUGCGGUUUGAGUUGUUAUUUGUGUGAUUCGACUUGUGUUGGUGGAUGUAACAGCUCAACUGGUGUUUGCGUUGGGUGCAAUACGGGUUACGUAAGACAACCAAGUGGGCCGGGGUGUAUUCAGUGUAGCAAAUUUGCUGCCAAUUGCGAAUAUUGUUCGUAUGAUUUUACUCCACAAUGUAUAUUAUGUUCACGAGGAUUCUACCCAACUACAAGUGGCACAUGCGACUCUUGUGCAAACAUCCAUUGUAUAACCGAAUUUUGUUCUCAAGCCAUAAAGCACUGCACUCAAUGUAUUAAUGGGUACUACCCUAACAGUGAAGGUGAAUGUAAUAAAUGUGACACGCUACCAAAUUGUUCCGAAUGUGACCAAACAAAAGCUGAAUGCACAAAAUGUAAGAGUGGAUUUGGAUUCUUUAAUGGGAGUUGUGUUCAAUGUAAUUUAAACAAGGGCGCUAUAUUUGUAAAUGAAACUUCCGAAUGUAAAAUGUGUUACUCGUCCUUUGAUAACUGCAAAUUAUGUCAAAAACCAUACACGAAUGUGGAGUGUGUAGAGUGCUAUCCUCCGUAUUUUUGGGAUUCGAUUGGUAAGACUUGUAAGUUAUGUAUUGAUGGGAAUUACUAUGAUAAAACUACUAAAAACUGUGUAUCAAAUAACAACAUUUGUACAAUACAAAAUAAAGAAGACGAAUUUCAUGUGAAUGUCAAGAUACACUUGCGAUCAACUCCAAUUGUUAUGUUUCUUCUAAUGAGUCAAUUUGUAAGUACGUCUUAUUAA